GCACUCUUGUUAAUAUUUUGUCAGCACCACAUUAAAGGCAACUGAAUUUAUUCUGACUAGGUAGAUUCAUGUAAUUUUGUGCAAUCAUCCCACUUCCGCUAAAAAACAUCUUGAGCUGCCCUCAGAGCGACAGGUGUAACGCAGAAACCCGGAAAUACGACAGACGAAAACAACAGGAAUCUUCUCACUGAAGUCAUGGAUAAGAACAUACAACAGGAUUUUGAGAACCAGUUCAAUGAUGUGGUCUCAAGACUUCAAUCAAAGAAGAUGUUUCAGUCAGACUGGGACAUUGCCUCUUUCGCAGUUUUCUUCAUCUUUAUAGGAAUGGUCCUGUUGCUGGUUAUCUUGGUUCUCAUCCGCUGCUGCUGUUGCUGCUGCUGUGAUGAGAAGCCAAGAAGACAGAAGGUGGGCAUCGACAAUAUGGGAAUGGAGCCCUGAUCUUCCAGAAACAACAGGCACCAUUACAUCCACUUUUUUUUCCUAUCAGUUUUGCCACCUAUCCUGUUUAUAUGUGAACAAGUAAAAUAAUAGAGGUAGGAGAAAAAUAUUUUAGGUAGAUACUUCCUUAUAGGGAUGAUAAAAACUAAAAACUUUUCCUACUGUGUAAAAAUGCAGUUAAUAUUUACCCUGGAAAUCAAUCACAUGAUUGAAGUUACAUUUCAUUGUAGAUACUAAUCAUUUCAUCAGAGAGAACAGAUUUUAAUAUACAAGCAUGCACAUCACUUUUGAAGACAUUGGUUACUUUCUGGUUACACACUUUAUUGAAGCAACUUUCCGGGAUAGAACCAAUGCAGGCCCUUGACAAAUGGCCUCUAUUGAAAAGAGCUUGUUUUUAGUUGUCCAUUGAACAUCAUGUUUAAUCUGUUAAUCUUGUAUCUGGCUGUUAAGACUGAAUCCACUUAACCUACACAUUUUCACUGAAUUAGCCUUGUCCAAGUGUUUUUAGUAGAUUUCUUUCAAAUGCUUGACUUUUAAAUCUUACAUACACACAUACAUUUUAUAUAUAUAUAUAUAUAUAUAUAUAUAUAUAUAUAUAUAUAUAUAGAGAGAGAGAGAGAGAGAGAGAGAGAGAGAGAGAGCGCCUACACACUACAGAAGAGGAGAAAAAUAACUUGACUGAUGAGACUUCUCAGAUUUUAGAAAAUGUAAACUGAUAAGUGAUGCUUUACUUGUGAAAACUGUACCAUUGAAAAAAAAAAAAGUGUCAAUAUUUAACUUUUUUAAAUGUACAUGUACCACAUUGUAUAAAUUUGUAGACUUUGUAAACAAAAAUAACACAUACAUACCUUCAUAUUAAUAGCAAAUAAAAUGUACCUUUCCCUAAA